AUGCGAUCGUUCUAUCGCACACUCUAUACUGCGGCAGCUACGGACCCGCGCAUCAACACACCGGCUGCAGAUGCAACUCUCUCCACUGCCACACCGACUGGUGAAAAGCAUUAUGGGUCGAAUGACCCUGAAUGCGACGUUCAAAAACGUCAAUGGCACACGGACAAUCCUGCCGCAGUGGCACUUCGCACCCCCAUGAGUUCACCGGCUCCAGGCACCUUCGCCUCUGUACCAAGUACUUCUACUAGCCUUCGCGAAGACAUUGCUGCAGGAUUCUUUCAACAUGGUACCGUUGAUCCUCUUGCUCGUCAACAAGAGCAGGCGGUGGUUGGUAAAUCUUGGCGCGUCGUUAUCGAGUUAGUGCACGAGGUGCACGGUCCGCGUGACCGGGUGGCGCGUCUUGAAGUACAGCUAGAUCUUCUCUUGAGGGUUCCUCGACUUGUGGCAUCGUUAACUCUUUCGGUGCAAGCGCCUCGUGAUCCACCAGCGACGGAUCAAGAUACAGCUGAAGCAAGCCGACGUAAAAUAAUGGAUGUGUUCGCGUCUUGCUUGGAAGUUGGGCGUAUAAUCUAG